AUGAAGAAUCUCUUUAACUUGUUCCUUAUGUUUUUCUUUGCAAUGCCAAUUCUUUCACUCUCCGAGAAUCCAACCAAUUUCAGCGAGAGUUGCGAAGACGGGAGUGGAGAAACCGGUUCAAGCUUUGGCAUAGGGUUCGAUUUGGUUCUUGAUUUUGGUUUAUACCGGAAUAGCUGCCCCGAAGCAGAGUCUAUCGUCUACUCGUGGGUGGAAACCACGGUGUUAGAGGAUCCAAGAAUGGCUGCUUCUCUUCUCCGUCUUCAUUUCCACGACUGUUUUGUCAAUGGAUGUGAUGCUUCGGUGUUGUUAGAUGACACAGAAGGACUGGUUGGUGAAAAAACGGCGCCUCCUAAUCUAAAUUCUCUACGAGGGUUCGAAGUGAUUGAUUCGAUAAAGUCUGAUAUUGAAUCUGUAUGUCCAGAGACCGUCUCAUGCGCAGACAUUCUUGCCAUGGCUGCUAGAGAUUCAGUCGUUGUGUCGGGUGGACCAAGGUGGGAGGUGGAAGUAGGAAGAAAAGACAGUAGAACAGCAAGCAAACAGGCAGCAACAAAUGGCUUACCCUCACCAAACUCAACCGUAUCAACUCUCAUCUCUACUUUCCAGAAUCUUGGCCUUUCACAAACCGACAUGGUCGCUCUUUCCGGUGGACAUACAUUGGGAAAGGCACGGUGCACUUCGUUUACAGCUCGGUUGCAGCCACUGCAAACUGGACAACCAGCUAACCACGGAGACAACCUUGAGUUCCUCGAGUCACUGCAACAGUUAUGCUCGACUGUUGGGCCCAGUGUAGGUAUCACUCAGCUUGACUUGGUGACUCCAUCAACAUUUGACAACCAGUACUAUGUAAACCUCCUCUCGGGUGAGGGAUUGCUUCCAUCAGACCAGGCUUUAGCGGUUCAAGACCCAGGGACAAGGGCGAUUGUUGAGACCUACGCAACAGAUCAGUCGGUUUUCUUUGAGGAUUUUAAGAACGCUAUGGUUAAAAUGGGAGGGAUACCCGGUGGUAGUAAUAGCGAGAUUAGGAAGAAUUGUAGAAUGAUUAACUAA